GGAAUCCAAGCAUCACUCUCCAGAGAAUCGCAGAGAUGAAGGUUCUGGCCCUCACCCUCUUCUGCUUCCUCCUUGCAGGGAAUGAAGCCAAAGUGUUUGGGAGAUGUGAACUGGCUGCGCGAUUGAAACGGGCUGGGAUGGAUGGAUAUCGAGGCGUCAGCCUGGCCAACUGGAUCUGUACUGCUUAUCAUCAAAGCUCAUUUAACACCAGACUUGUGGGGCCACAAACCUCCAGCGGCAACCGUGAGUAUGGAAUCUUUCAGAUAAGCAGCCGCUGGUGGUGUGACAAUGGACAUGGCUCAACAGCCAACGGGUGUGGAAUCUCCUGCUCUGCGUUCUUAAAUGAUGACAUCACAGAUGAUAUUAACUGUGCCAAGAGGAUUGUCCGUGAUCCCAAUGGGAUGAAUGCAUGGUAUGCUUGGAAGAAAUUUUGCAAAGGAAAAAAUCUCUCAAAGUGGACAAAAGGUUGCAGACUCUGAGUUCCAUGGUCCUGAAUGAGUUCCAGCAUUUCUCUUGAGAUCCCCUUUGAUGAAACGUCUAUAAUCCAAAUCCAGCUGCU